GAAAGAAGACACGGACACCCUGCGGUAUCAUUUAACGGGUUUUGAUCUUCAUCUACUUUGGCAGUUAUCAGGUGUAUGACUUGUUACAUUUAGGCAUUCCAAUUUCCAUUCCAUGUAAACAUACAAUUUGGACGGCAACCACAACACAAACCCAUGCUUUGGAAUUUCAACCCAAUUUCAAUUUUACGCAUUUUUAUUUUCUAAUUUGAACCCCCUUUUAUUUUUGGAUUAAACCAAGAUAAAAGAAUGUUUCAAACAGACUAUUAUUAUUACUCCUAACCAUAGAGCAACAGAUAAGAUUUUGUUCUCUUAAAUUUCUCAGCAAACAGCUGUAUAUAAUGUAAUAAUUAUUACUUUAAAUUCCAAACGACUAAUUUAUAUACAGAAAUAAUUAAGAACCGGUGCAAGAUCCAAUUUAUCAUUCUAUUUUCUCCUUCAACACUUAAAAAGUACAACAACAAUUUUCAUCAAUCAUGCAACCAGCAGAAACAGAGAAGAAUCCUGUAAGAUAUAUGCAUACAGUUUCAGAAGCUGGUCGACUUCUCCCUUCAUCAAGCCGCUGGAACUCCAUAGCACUUGACUUUAAACUUGCUCCAAAGUCUUCUACUUCCUAUGAUUCCAUCCCUUCACAGUUUCCAAAAUCUGUUGACUACAAUCUUGUCAUCACCGAUAAAAAACACUUCCAUCGUUUUACUUUUAUUACAGUAGCAAUAGUUUUUGCUGUCAUAGCAGUGGCUUUGCUUGUUCACUUUUUACCUCAGAAGCAUAAGCAUCAAGGCUCUUCAAUCAAUCUCAAGUUGGCAAUAAAUCAGGCUCUAACAUUUUAUGAUGCUCAAAAAUCUGGGAACUAUCCAAGGAACAGUCCAGUGAAAUAUAGAGGAGACUCAGGAUUACAAGAUGGGAAUUCAGCAAAGACUAAUCUUAGUGGUGGAUAUUAUGAUUCAGGAAACAACAUUAAGUUUACAUUCACCACAGCUUAUACUAUGACUUUGUUGAGUUGGACUGCAAUGGAAUAUCAAAGUAAAUAUGCUGAUAUUGAUGAGCUUGACCAUGUCAGAGACAUCAUCAGAUGGGGUACUGACUAUUUGCUCAAGGUGAUCAUUCCUUCACCUGCUGGUUCCAACCUAACACUGUAUUCCCAGGUUGGAAGUACAAUUAGUACUAACAAUGAACCGAAUGAUAUAAGUUGCUGGCAAAGACCUGAAGACAUGAGUUAUGUUAGACCAGUUUCGGUUUGUGAUGGUUCUGCUACCGAUUUAGCUGGUGAAAUUGUGGCAGCAUUAUCUGCGGCGUCGAUGGUAUUCAGAGAAGACCAAGAUUACUCAGGGAAACUAGUUCAAGCAGCAGAAAGCCUAUAUGAGGCAGUUACAAAGGAAGAUCCUAAAAAGCAAGGAACCUAUACCUCUCUUGAUGCCUGUGGAAAACAAGCAAGAAUGCUUUAUAACUCAUCUAGUUACAAAGAUGAGUUAGCUUGGGGAGCAACUUGGUUAUUUCUUGCUACUAAAAACACUAAUUAUCUUGCAAAUGCAACUGAGUUUUUUUUAUCAGCCAAAAGUGGUGAAACAAAUUUAGACAAAGGGGUGUUUUAUUGGAAUAACAAGCUCAAUGCUGUUGCGGUUUUACUUGCUGGUAUUCGAUAUUUCCAGGAUCCUGGUUUUCCAUAUGAAGAUGUUUUGAAAUUUUCAUCAAAUACUACUGACUCCCUCAUGUGUUCGUAUGUUUUCAAAAAAUAUUUGAGCAGGACACCUGGUGGAUUUAUUAUACCAAAACCUUAUAAUGGACCAUUACUCCAGUAUGCUGCAACAGCCUCUUUUUUAAGUAAAUUGUAUAGUGAUUACAUUGAUCAUCUCAAAAUAUCCGGUGCAAGCUGCGAAACCGAUGAAUUCUCGGUGACAAUGCUUCGCGAUUUCGCUAGCUCUCAGGUUAACUACAUCUUAGGACAAAAUCCUAUGAAAAUGAGCUAUUUAGUGGGAUAUGGUGGCAAGUUUCCAGUCCAUGUUCAUCACAGAAGUGCAUCAAUCCCUUGGGAUAAUCGGCACUACAAUUGCGAUGAUGGUAAAAAAUGGCUGAACUCUAAAGAUCCAAAUCCACAAGUUCUUUUGGGAGCAAUGGUGGGAGGGCCAGACACAAAUGAUAAGUUCGCUGAUCAAAGAGGCAAUCAAAGGUUCACUGAGCCAACCAUAGCAAGCAAUGCUGGCUUAGUUGCAGCAUUGAUUGCACUUCAAGAUCCUCCUUAUAAUUCACAUGACUUGAAAAACUCAUUGUGGGAAUGGACUUGAUUUAUUAUUUGAACACGUUCAUUCCAUUUUAGGCUAUAUUGAAAGUCUAAUAUUGAAUUCCUCUAAGAGGAACAGGAUUGUUUUGAGGCUAUGUGUAAAAGUCUAGAAACUUUCAUGCUGAUUUUGAUGGAUUUAAAGCAAAUAUAUUUCAUUUGGUCAUCAAUAAUUUGAUGGAUUUGUUUUUUA